AUGCAGCCCACAGUCCAGCUCUCCAAAGCAGACUCCAAAGUCCUCGCCCAAGUCUUCGAUCCAGAAAGUUCUCCCAACAGACCAGAAGUCCUCGUCGAUCCGUCACUCCCACCAGACGCUCGAAUCCAGGACCAAGACCUCCUAUCCACACUCAAAGCCCAGGAGAAACGAGCCAUCCGGGUCAUCGAAGAAUACGAGAAGUCCAGAGGCACGUCGUCUCCAUCCAAGGAGGCAGCCUAUCUUUCCGCCCUUUCAAUCUUGGACAAUCUCAUCUCUCAGCGACCCGAAUAUGCCUCGGCUCGUAACAAUCGCGCCCAACUGCGGCGUUGGAGAUUUGAAGAUCGCCGCCUUCUCUUCUCUGCGACUAAAUCAGAAGGGCUCGCAGCGGUACAUGAUCUCCAGACUUCCAUUUCGCUAGCGUCACCUGGUCGACCUUCCGAAGCUGUCUCUCCAGGCCAGGGAAAGUUGUUGGCGCAGUCAUAUACCCAGUUAGCCGCAAUUUACCAUGCAGGGUCGAAGGAUCUUGCGGAGGCCAGUAGCAACGAUAUUGAAAUCGACGGAGAGAAGUGGACCGGACAGCGGUUCGAGGAAGAGGCGUCGCGCUUGUUCUAUCUUGGAGCACUGUACGGCAAUGAAGUGGCCAAGGCAUUAGCAGUACACACGAAUCCCCACGCAAAGCUUUGCGGGAAUAUCGUCAAAGAAGCCAUGCGGAAGGAGAUAGAAGGCGUAUGA